UUUCUGAUAGACAAUCUUUGAGAACGCCCUUGCUUCAAUCAGCAUCGCCCUUUUCUACUUCAUCCGCUGACGAGAAACUGAUUUCAAACAUUUGGCGGCGGAUUGGGAUUUGUUUGGUGCUUGACUGUAGCCAGCUAACGUUAGGUUGUAUGUAAAUAACUUUUAAAAACUUGGCAAGUGAGUUUACGCAUUAACAUGGAUUCAACUAUGGCGAACCUUCUUGUUGGACUUUCAGUCAACAUCCAAAGAAGCGAUGGGCGAGUGCAUACUGCAAAUGUCAAAUCUGUGGAUUCCACAAAGCGUACUGUGACGGUUGAAUGGUUAGAGAAAUCUGUAUGCAGGGGAAAAGAGCUUGAAAUGAAUGAAUUAUGGUCCCUGAACAAAGAGCUUUUUGAGCGCAUGAAACCAACUAGUAUACCUGCUCCUCCGGAGAAGAAAUGUGAAAGCCGUCUUCGUUCAUCUGGGGUCCCUGCUCCUUCCAGUCCUUCUACUCCAGCGGGUCCUCCUGAGGAGACAGUUCCACUUCCAAGAAAGUCUACACGGCAGACAUGCUUGUUCCGGACCCUUGCUCCUGUCUCUGAGCUUGCUGCUAAGACUAAGCAUGACUCCCUGUCUUCAGAGUAUCCACCCUCUGUCCUCAAAGCUUCAGGUGUUCCCAACCGAGAGAGGAAAAGGAACAGUCAGAGACCGACUGCUGUCCUGCCCCCAGUCAACGAGGCCCUGAAGGAGAAUGAGGCCAAGAGUGUUUCCUCAGUCACCUCAAGCAGACGGAGAUCAGUGCUACCCCAAGACAUGAGCAAACCAGUGAACAAAAGAUUGUCCCAUGCAGUCAAGAGCUUGGACAUGGUGCCCAAGAAAGGAAAAUUUGAAGACACAAACCGACCGAACAAGCAGUUUUACCAGAUGAUUGAAGAAUUCAGAGAGACCUUGGAAGUACUUCCUUUAUCUCUGUCUGAUAUGGUUGAAGCUCGUAGAAUUUGUGUGUGCGUUCGCAAGCGUCCUCUCAACAGUAAAGAGGUGACUAAGAACGAUAUUGAUGUGGUUUCUAUCCCUGGUAAUGGAACUCUGCUCCUUCAUGAGCCCAAGCAGAAAGUGGACCUGACAAAGUACCUUGACAACCAGGUCUUCCAUUUUGACUACUCCUUUGACGAGUCAUCCACCAAUGACUUAGUGUACAGGUUCACUGCCAAGCCCCUUGUCCAGACCAUCUUUGAUGGUGGGGUGGCAACUUGUUUUGCUUACGGACAAACUGGAAGUGGUAAAACUCAUACAAUGGGAGGAGAUUUUUCAGGGAAAAGCCAGAACAACGCGAAAGGGAUCUAUGCCAUGGCAGCUCAGGAUGUGUUCGCCCUCCUGAAGCAGAGGAGAUAUUCCGGUCUGGACCUGUGUCCCUACGUGACAUUCUUUGAGAUCUACAACAGCAAGGUAUUUGAUCUGCUGAACAAGAAGGCCAAGCUGCGAGUGCUAGAGGAUGAGAAACAACAGGUCCAGGUGGUCGGCCUGCAGGAGAUGUACGUUUCGUGUGCUGAAGACGUCAUCAAGAUGAUUGAGAUGGGCAGUGCAUGCAGGACAUCCGGCCAGACGUCAGCCAACGCCAACUCGUCUCGCUCCCACGCCGUCCUGCAGGUGAUCCUGCGAAGGAGGAACCAGGUGCACGGGAAGUUCUCCCUGGUGGACCUAGCAGGGAACGAGAGGGGCAUUGACGUUCGCAGUAGCGACAGACAGACCCUCGUAGAGACGGCCGAGAUCAACCGCAGCCUGCUGGCUCUCAAGGAAUGCAUUCGCUCCUUGGGGAUGGACAGCCACCACAUCCCCUUCAGGAUGAGCAAGCUGACACAGGUACUCCGAGACUCCUUCAUCGGCGAGAACUCCAGGACAUGCAUGAUUGCAAUGGUGUCUCCUGGAAUGUCCUCAUGCGAUUCCACUGUGAACACACUACGCUAUGCAGACAGAGUGAAGGAACUGAAUGGAACGUUAAAGAUGAAUGAUGCGGAUCUUCCCAAGAAGAUUGAUGAGAUGGAAGUGGAGGACAGCUCAUCAGAAGAGGACUCCAUUGUACCCAUGACCGACGUGUAUGAGGCCAUAUCCCAGGUUUCUGAGCUGGAGGAGAGGGUGCACGAGGAGUUGACGGGAGCAAGUAACAUUAUCAAGCUAAUGGAGAUGCCAUCAUAUGACAUUGAGGCUGGGGCGACCGAUAUUGUGGACUACGCAAGAAAAUUACUGGACACGGUCCUGGCAUUGCAGUCUGCCAUUGAUGGAGAGCGAUUGGCAAGGAUGUCACCCAAAUCAGGUUAUUGCUGAGAGGGACAUCCCUCAACUUGUUCACUUGGGAAUAAUGUUCUGAUAAGUUUUAUCAUGCAGUAACUAUUCAUUAUUGUUCAAUUGGGCAUAAAUUCCCUUCUGCUAACUUUCAUUUAAUGGUACAUGAAAGAACCUUACCUCUGUGUAAAGCCUCUCACUACAUACCAUAGAUCUCUGUGUAAAGCCUCUCACUACAUACCAUAGAUCUCUGUGUAAAGCCUCUCACUACAUACCAUAGAUCUCUGUGUAAAGCCUCUCACUACAUACCAUAGAUCUCUGUGUAAAGCCUCUCACUACAUACCAUAGAUCUCUGUGUAAAGCCUCUCACUACAUACCAUAGAUCUCUGUGUAAAGCCUCUCACUACAUACCAUAGAUCUCUGUGUAAAGCCUCACUACUACAUACCAUAGAUCUCUGUGUAAAGCCUCUCACUACAUACCAUAGAUCUCUGUGUAAAGCUCUCUCACUACAUACCAUAGAUCUCUGUGUAAAGCCUCUCACUACAUACCAUAGAUCUCUGUGUAAAGCCUCUCACUACAUACCAUAGAUCUCUGUGUAAAGCCUCUCACUACUACAUACCAUAGAUCUCUGUGUAAAGCCUCUCACUACUACAUACCAUAGAUCUCUGUGUAAAGCCUCUCACUACUACAUACCAUAGAUCUCUGUGUAAAGCCUCUCACUACUACAUACCAUAGAUCUCUGUGUAAAGCCUCUCACUACUACAUACCAUAGAUCUCUGUGUAAAGCCUCUCACUACAUACCAUAGAUAUCUGUGAAAGUAUGUUAACAGUUCAUGUUUUAAAUUGAUUUGUAUUCAUUUGUCCAGCAUUUAAAUGAUUUGUGAAUAUAAUAAAGGUAUUUACCAAUA